AUGCGCCCCGGGCCGCCCCGCGCCGCGCUCCGCCUGUGGCUGGGCUGCGUCUGCCUCGCGCUGGUGCAGGCGGACAGCCCCUCGGCCCCAGUGAAUGUCACUGUCAGGCACCUCAAGGCCAACUCUGCGGUGGUGAGCUGGGAUGUCCUGGAGGAUGAGGUUGUCAUCGGAUUUGCCAUCUCUCAGCAGAAGAAGGACGUGCGGAUGCUGCGUUUCAUCCAGGAGGUCAACACCACCACCCGCUCGUGCGCCCUCUGGGACCUGGAGGAGGACACUGAGUACAUUGUGCACGUGCAGGCCAUCUCCAUUCAGGGCCAGAGUCCAGCCAGCGAGCCAGUGCUCUUCAAGACCCCACGCGAGGCGGAGAAGAUGGCGGCCAAGAACAAAGAUGAGGUGACCAUGAAGGAGAUGGGGAGAAGCCAACAGCUGCGAACCGGCGAGGUGCUGAUCAUCGUGGUGGUCCUGUUCAUGUGGGCCGGCGUCAUCGCCCUCUUCUGCCGCCAGUACGACAUUAUCAAGGACAAUGAACCCAAUAACAACAAGGAGAAAACCAAGAGUGCGUCGGAAACCAGCACACCAGAGCACCAAGGCGGAGGUCUUCUCCGCAGCAAGUUUCCAAACAAGCCCUCGGUGAACAUCAUCGAAGCAUGACUGCCUGUCUGCAGGGAGAAGGAUUUCAUUUUUCUUCUCUGCCCGGCCCCGGGGUCCGUGGGCCCCGGGGACGGAGAGGACUGCGGAGUGGGGGGGGAGGCACGCUCUUCCCCAUCCUAGUCUGGUGAAGCAAGCCGAACUACGAACCCAAAUUCUGCAAAAAAUAAACAAGCCACAAAACUAAAAGGCCUGGCCCCAUUCUGGAAAAGGCAAAGCUGCAUGAGACACAGCCUUCUCUCUGCCUCCUCGCCUCUCCCGGACUGGCUUCCUCUUUGAGACAAUGCACAGAGCCCCUGGGAGAUGACAGGCACCCAGACGUACUCCAGCUGUGUCUUGCAGACUGAGAGCCUUCAGGAAAGCCACGGGGCAGGGGCGUGGCUGCCAGCACGCCCUUCCUGGAUCCAGCCCUCAAGGACUUGCGGUGUGAGGCACAACUUGGCGAGCGAGCGUGUUAAGAUGUUCUGUUUGGUCUCUUUGGAAAACGUGACUGAAGGGCUUCACUCGAGAGGGCAGAGGAAUUCCCCGAGCUCGUCGCCCACAGCCUCUGUCUUCUCUGGCCCUUGUUUUGACCAUUGACGUAAUUAGUGUGCAGUCUUCAGAAGAUGAGGUAGGAAGAGAGACGUGGACAGUACUGGCCCCGUUUCUGUAGGAAGAGUCUCUUGGAAUUGUAACGAUGCUGGCUUACACGACUGCGAAGGUGUGUCCACAUGGGACAUCCUGGGGGCUGCCAAAUCACCCACUCUGGAGUGGAAGCUGCUAGAAGGCAGGCCUGAGCCAUUUUACCACGGACAGUCAGAGCAGCCCUGGCCCCUGGGGUCUCCAUAUCUCACCAUCUCAUCCAGGGUUCUGUGAAAGCUCCCCAGGGUCCUCCUGUCCUUCCCUAGAGCCUGAGUGGUGUGAGGUGACAGGUCUCUCUCUCUCCACUGCCCCUUUCUGGCAAACAAAACAAAACAAAACAAAAAUGGUGCUUGAUAAGGGAAGGCAGACUCUUCCCUAGGACUGAAAAGUUACGGCUGCUGGAGGCCUGCGGGGGAAGAGAUGGGCCUCUGCGUCUUCCGUUGGUGGCUCAGGACGGGCAUGUGGGAGGACCACACCUAGCACAAGCCUGGCACACAGUAGGCGCUCAGUGAAUACCUGUUGAACUGAAUGGUCAGAGCGGAGGCCCCGGAGCCAGAGAGCUGAAAGCCAUCACCCAACGACCGCCCCUGCCGUCCGGUCUACAAGAGCUCUCGGGGCUCGGCCGGCCACCGCUCUGCUUCGCCCUGGUGUGGCCGCACAGGGAGGAGGAGAGACAGGGUGAAAGGCAGAUGUCAGCGCUACCAAGGGCUUCCUCUUGGGAGGGCAGGAGUCUCCACUCAUUGUCUUGUGACUUCCAUCCCUGCUGAAUGGGGCUGCAAGGCCAAGGCUGCUUAGGGGAGAGGCCCUUACCUCUGAUCCAGUUAGAGCAAUAACCUCUUUUUAAAUGUAAAAUAAAAGACAAAUGAA